CGGCUCGCUCGCCGCUCGCACGCCCACCAUGGCCGCCAUUCAGGAGUUCGUAGGAAGAUGGCUCUUAGUGGAGAGCAAAGGCUUCGACGAAUACAUGAAGGAAGUAGGAGUGGGAAUGGCUCUGCGAAAAGUGGGUGCAAUGGCCAAACCAGAUUGUAUCAUCUCUUCUGAUGGCAAAAACCUCACCAUAAAAACUGAAAGCACUUUGAAAACAUCACAGUUUUCUUGUAACCUGGGAGAGAAGUUUGAAGAAACUACAGCUGAUGGCAGAAAAACUCAGACUGUCUGCAACUUUGCAAAUGGCGCGUUGGUUCAACAUCAGGAGUGGGAUGGAAAGGAACGCACAGUAACAAGAAAACUGCGAGAUGGGACAUUAGUGGUGGAAAGCAUCAUGAACAAUGUCACCUGUACUUGGGCCUAUGAAAAAGUAGAGUAAAAAUUCCGUGAUUAUUUUUUUGGACAGGAAUUAGCUGCAAGGAUGAACAAGCUCAGUU